GCGCAAUUCAAUAAACGGCGAAAACCUCACACGUGCAAUUUUCGUAUUCUCUUACCCAUAUACUCUUGUAAAGUGCAGGCCGCUCUACGUUCUUCGGUCUGCUCUUCAUCCAGCAAACGUCCAGCGCUCCUCACGCCUACACAGUUCAUUAUCGCAAACACCCGCCCCGCAACCUCUCCGCCCACCUUCACAAUGGGCGCAUUAAACCUCGUUCCGCUAGUCAUCCUCUUCCUGAUCGUCGGAGGCGUCGGCUGGGUCGGCUACCAGAUCUACCUCUACUCGAACGAGCUCGCAGAGCGCGGCGUCCGUAAGAUGGAGAAGAAGAACCUCGUGCUCACCAAGGACGGCGCGAGGGUUGGUGUCAAGGAAGUCAGCGCGGAGCAGUAUGCGGACAAGACGCAGAGAGCGUUUGUCAAGACGUGGAAUGCUGCGCAGGACAGCCCGCAGACAGGGCACUCUGCCAGGGCGAGGAGGGCAUGAGCAUGGGUAUCAAGCCCGGCGAUCGACAUCUUCGAGUUCGUACGGCGACUGCAAGACGAUUUGAGCAGAGCGAGCCACACGACAUAUGGACACGACGUCCUCUCUCAUUCUACAGUUUUGGAUGCCACCGCAUCAGGGCAUACGGUUGUGCCAAGGUGGUCUGGGCCAUGCAGACUGCCUUCCCUGGCAGAGGGAUAACAAGGUGGUUCGACAGGAUAUACCAAUCGUCUGGCAACGGGACAGGCACCAGACUGAAUACCACAAUUCAC